AUAAGCAUGACUUAUGAAAUUCAUAUCAAUGACAUAUGCAUUCCUCAAACACAACUUAUGAUAUUUAUAACAGUCUACUUUGUGAAAAUAUCAUAAUUAUUCCUUAUAAAAGCAGUCAAGUCGUAAAAAUGGAAAACGAAGACACCGUUGUUUUAAACGAGCACAUUUUGCUUCAAGACUUUGUGGAAAGCGCACCAUCUGAAGCGUGCAAAUUACUUUUUAAAAAUUCAAAAUUACAAUUGAGAGAGUUGAUCGACUGCAGAGAAAAAGAAAUAUAUUCGUUGGCUUCAAAAUAUUCCGUUCUUCCACAAAUCGUUUGGAAUUGGAUUGCGGACUGGAGGAAAAGAAAUCAAUUAGAAUAUAUUGCUUUUGUUGAGGAAAAUAACAUCCAGAAAUUGGAAUCUCCGGACUCGUCUCCUCACGACUUAAAUAUUUCGUUUGGAACUGUAGAGGUCAUUGAUUGUAUUGAUGCUGAUAUCGAGAAGAUAGAGCACAGAGUCGGAACCUCAAAAAAAAAGCUUACCCUUUUGUCACCAUCCCAUCUGCGCGUUCUUUUAGAACAAACCGACUAUGGCAAACAAAUAUUAAAACACGCUACAACGCAUAAGCUUUCCGAUGCUGGCCAAAAACUAGUUGUGAACACAGUUGCACAAUUUCAUUUAUCCUUAGGACGCAAAACAACAGCAGAAAUAAUUAAUGAUCUCAGCGACGUGAUUAUUUGUGUAUUUCCUAAAGAGUCAAAGGAAACCUAUUACUUGCCGAAAGCAGGACGAUCGAACCCAGGUGGGAAGCUGUUUAGCCGAAUCAAUUAUAUAAAGCAGUCCGAACGUCAAAGAGCCAAUAAAGAAGCUGCACAUAUUGCUUCCAUAAUUGAAGAUGAUUCAAAGUCUCUAGAGUUGACUACGGAAGAGGAAAGCGCAGUGCAGUGGCUCAACCAAAACAUUUCUCCUUGGUCAACCGUACUCACACUGUGGGAAAUUAGUUUCAGAGCGAGGAAGCAAUAUUUGAAGCAAUCUAAUCGCGUGCAGCAGCUGAUCAACGAAUACCCGCAAUUGCAAGAAGAGUUCGGAUAUCAAUUGUUGGACAUUGAUUAUCGAAACCUUGGUUUGGGUGAUCCAAGUGAAUGUUUUAAAAAGUGGGAUACUAUUUUCGAGCCAGUUGCACAGUAUGUGAAUAAGAAUGCAAAAGAUCCAUCGUCAAAGCGCUUGUUGCAAGGUUUAAGAGAUGCCAGUUAUUCUUCCGACAUACGUUUGCUUCAUCUUCUCCAUGCUUUGAGUACAGUGCUUAUUCCUGUUAAGGCAUCAAAGGGAUUCAAACCAACAAUAUCGGUUGCACAAUCGGAUACUUUCCUGUUGGCUAAUAGCAGAGAUUCAGGCCGAACAAAACUCCAUGAUACACUGCAAAUAUUGGAGAAUCUAAAGCUACCUGCUUCUCCAAAAUUGGUAGUAAUAGGUGAAUCUUUGGAAACCGUUACGGGGCAAUGCUACGUUAUUUACAAAAACCUCGAGUAUGAGUUGCCUACUAUUAAGCGUGGGCUUGACGUACAAUUGAAGCUACAGAUAGUGCUAGGUUUACCGGUCUCGAGCCUUUCCAAAUUGGUUUGGAAUUUCAUAGAGAAAUUCGUGUAUGGAUUAGAUCCACCGCAUGGUAGCUAUUUAUCUGUAAUCAAAUUAGCCGAUUUCUUGAAAAAUGACAACAACAACAAUUCCGUGUAACGUACCUGGUUGCGAUUAUAAUUCUUGUUCGCUAGUUUUACAUUUGAAGCACACUGAAAAUGUGCAUAAACUUCCUGAAAAUAACUAUUUCAAAUGUCCUUUGCUUAAUUGCAUUCAAAUUUUUACGAAAUUUCCUAAUUUUAAAAGACACGUUAUGAACCAUACAUCUCGUUCGGAAAUCAUUGAUACAGUGGUGCAAGAACAGCAAAAUGAAA